AAAAGUGUUGAAAGAUUUGAGAGAAAAACUCUCCGCACGAUAACCGGAGUGGUCUGGGAUCAGAUUAUUAACACAAGGAGAAGAAAGAUCAAUAAAGAACUCCUUACAGAAACUGGUCAAUCAAUAUCCCAUGAUAUGAAGGCACAGAGGUUAAGAUGGGAGGGGCAUGUAGCUCCUAGCAAUCCAUCUGGAAGCCUCUACGUAACAAUGAAUGCCUCAAUAGAAGGCAAAAGACCACUUGCAAGGCCAAAAAGCAGAUCGAUAGAUUGA